AUGGAUCGAACUUGGUUGAUCCAUGUUCUCAUUUCGCUUGCGCUUGUUCGACAAACAACAUCGGUUUCAGUAGCCUCGCAAAGCUUGUUGGGCUGUGGGGUGAUCAAUCGACCAAUGCGUCUCUAUGCAUAUAGUCCAGCUAAUUAUGAUUUCAAUGUGAAUACACCGGGAACAUGUAUGCAAGCAUGUUCAGCAGGGGGCUAUGCAUACGCAAGUGUGUCCGCCGGUCGAUUAUGUUUUUGUGGUCCACUGUCAAUAAGUACAGCAGCAUUGAAUGCGACUACGACAUCAUGUGAGGUUGAUUCUUGCACUGGAGAUUCUACUGUUUAUUGCGGUGAUAUUAAUCAUGAACUUGUCUACACAUCAAUCGGAGUUCUUGAUACGGCAAGCAUUGCCUUAAAUGGUGGAGGAUCGGCAAUGAGCUUAUCGGUAAAUCAAAACUAUCAAUUUGGUCUCGGUUAUCAAGGUGCCGUCAGUUAUAUUAACUAUCAAGUUGAUUUCGGUGAUGGAACAAAAACUGGUUGGUUUAGUGGAACAAUCAAUACGGUGACAAACAUCACUCAUGUUUUCGCGAAGACCGGUCAAUUUUCCGUGUCCGUUGCUGCUCGAUCAGUAGUUGGAAUGACGCCAAAAAUGUUUGCCAUGGUAGUCAAAGUUACUGAUCAAAUAUCGGCCCUUGACGUAUCGUUGACAUGUCCAAAUGUAACAGCAACAAAAAUAACAGUUUCUUGUGACCUUGCAAUUGUUCGUGGUAGUAGUUUAACAGGUAGUUUUAAUUACAAUUCAACAGAUGGACCUCGACCAAUUGCUCACGUACCAGAUGCAUCUUAUAAUACAUUUGGUUCAUCGUCAGUAACUAACAAUCCAAUAGUAGAUGCCUCGGCAAAUCUGCUUGGAGCAAGUGAUAUUGCUAUUUUACCUCAAAGUCUAAUUACAGUUUCUGGUCGAAUUGCUUCGGUACAAUAUUAUGGUUCGACAGCUAAUACGAUCACUAUUUACAUACUUCGCCGUGUAUGCGGAGGAUCAAAUAUCUAUUGUUACGAUACAAAUACAUGUGGCACCUGCGCAAGUUCCUAUGCUUUACAAUGUACUACAGGUGUCUACUCAACCAUAACGCGUACAUGCGUAAAUGCAACAGCCAGUGCCCGUUUUCAAUCGUCAGUGUAUAACAGUGCACAGUAUCAAAUCGUCGCUCAGUUUGGACCAACGACAGCAGCAAUUGGUUAUCAACAAAUUGUUGCUAAUACAGCGUCAACAAUGAAUAUAACAGCUAUGGUCGGUGAUAUUUUAGCAUUUCAAGGUCCUUAUAUUGCCAAAGAAAUUUCAACUGAUUCCAUGCAAGACUAUCGUUGUGUUAGUCCAUCAAUAUCUGGUAGUCAAUUUACAUGUACUGUCAGCAAUUUAUCUUCGAAUAAUACAGCUUAUCAUUAUUUACUUCAAGCAACAGUCAUUCAACCAGUACAUAUCGCACCGACAAUGUUUUACUACACUCCCGGAGAUUACAAUGUUCUAGCCUCUGUUACACAAAGCAAUCUGACAACAUACCCAUUGUCGACUAUUUUACCAGUUGUCUAUGGUAUUGAUUGGAUUGAAGUUGUUGGACCAUCGGGAGGAAGUGUUAAUGUAUUGACAACGUUUGUCGUAAACGUUUAUCCAGCUAAUGCGACAGCAACAAGCUUUGUAUGGUACAUUAAUGGUAACAAUACGUUUAACUCAACAACAAACACCAUGAGCACAACAUUCUAUACCAUCGGAACGUACACAAUUCUUUGUCAAGUGCAAAAUCUUCUUUCAACUAAAUCAAACUCGACGACCAUCGCAGUUAUAGAUUUGAUCACAAAUUUUACACUGGAAGGCGCAAAUGUAACGAAUGUUUCCAUCUCGCAACCAUUGGAAUAUGCACGAUUUAAGUUGAAAAUGGUCACGGGUAGUAACUACGCAUGCCGAAUCAAUUUCGAUACGUCACAAUCAACAUCAGACGUGUACUACUACACAUCGGGAUACAUACCAGGAAGUUAUGUUACUCAUCAAUAUUUAACUCCGGGAGUUUACACUAUCUUUGCUCGUUGCGAAAAUACGGCCAGCAAUGUCACCUAUACAAUGACCCACUAUGUUCAAUACCCAAUUCUCGGUCUUCAACUACAACAACGCGGUGUAGUCAAAAAUACAGCCUUUUGUUUGAAUUUUACCAUUGCUCAAGGCACGUCACCACAAUUUCGAGUUCUUUUCAACGGCUCAGAACUUAACUAUACUUAUAAUGAUCAAUAUAACCUCGUUCAAACGAAUUCACUUAACGGCCAAACAUCGUCGAGUAAUUACACUAUCGAAAUCUUCGCAUGGAAUUACUUAUCGACAGCACACCUCUUGGAUACAUUCUCUGUUGUUUCGCCAAUUGGUGAAGCGCAAAUACGAGCAUCACAAAACAGUACGCAAUUUCCAGGUCCAAUUUUAUUUGAAUACACAAUGAGCUCGGGAUCAAACGUGAUGGUGUCAUUCUCAUUCAGUGAUACAGUUGCAGGUGUCCCAGUGGUAUGCGAAUAUCCUGGAGAUUACCCAGUCAAUGUUUGGAGCAGUUGUGCAGGAUUAAAUCAUACAUUCGCAAUUCCAGGUACAAUAACGAUUACGGCAGCAUUUACUAAUGCUGUUGGCACAGUUUACCGAUAUAUUUCUGUUACACUGUCAACAUCGGUCAAAUCUAUCGUUUUGAGUACAGUUUUACAGUUACCAUCGACUCAAUGUGCAGCUAGUUUUGAUGAUACUCGUGGUAUUGCUUCAUUUGUCAUUCAAGCAGCCAAUACAACGAUUAAACCAGCAUCCAAUGCACAAGUUAUGAUUAUACCUGAUUUAAUUAAUCAGCCAUCAGUUGCUCUCGGACCAUUUUCAUUAGCAUUGAAUUACUUUGUAUCACCUGCGACAAGUAGCAGUAGUCUUGACGUGAUCUAUUUUUCAGCAGGAAAUUAUACAGCCGUUCUACAAGUUAGCAAUAGUAUCGAUUCUGUCAACAUUAGUUGCGCUGUAAUGGUGACACGUAUUCUUGCAAAAGUUUAUUAUACAAUUAAUUCUCUGUAUUGGUCACUGAAUAGUACGACACCAUUUCAAGCGCUCAUCUAUGUCGCUGAUUCCAAUCCGGGCUCAGUAAACUUUACAUGGAACUUUGGUGAUGGAACAGUUGUGUCAGCUCCACGAACAGCUUCACUACCCACCAUGCCAGACAGUCGGACACAUAUGUACACAUCUAUCGGUAUAUAUACACUAACAAUCUCGUCGAUUGGGCCGAUCAAUACGGUUGUACAAAACUUUAGUAUCACUGUUCAAUAUCCUGUAACAUCAUUCUCAGUUACUUUUCCAAAUGUAACUGCUAUUCUAAGUCAAAUGAUCUAUACUGGAGCUGCAAUCACACUUCCAAUACGUGUUCAAGAUACAAGUUCACCAUUAGCAACCAAUGCCGCUCUUCUCAUAGAUUUCAAUGUUUCGAGUCCAUUAACGACACAAAGUGUUCAAAACUUUUCAUUACCAUACACUGGCUCGUAUACAUUCCAAACACCAGGCGUGUUUUUAGUCAAUUUCACCGUAUAUAAUGGUGCUUCAUCGAAAACGCAAAUCGUCAAAAUUGGAAUCAAUGCACCGUUCAACAACUAUGGCGUAUCGGUUUGCUAUCUUUUACCAAGCUUAACCAGUCCACUGGAUGAUACGUGCAACUUAACUUAUAGUGGCCAAUAUUCUAUUCCGAAACAGAGUCAAUUGGUUCUCUAUGUCACGUGGAGCAAUCCAAGUGGCAUCCCAGAAGCAUUCGAUGUCAUAUUUCAAAAAGGCUCAAGUACUGUUUUUACUCAAACACUCGGAAUCUAUCAAGCAACAAAUGUCUCAAAUAUUGUCGGUGUUACAAGUGGUGCGCCGUUAUAUCGUUUAGUUGUCGAUCUCGAAUUGAAUAGUAUUUUAGUAGAUGGUCUUUACACUAUAUUAGUUCAAACUCGCAAUCCAUCUUACACACAAUCAGCUUCAUUGAGUGUCUACGUUCUCUCUGCAGUCGCCGGUGUAGUAAUUAGCGAUAAUAAUGUUCUUGUUGGUCAAAAUGUUCCGAAAACAUUCAUCGCCAUGUAUCAAAACUAUUCAGCAUUGUCGUGUUUAUUAAUUCAAUAUUCAGACAGCGCCACUGAUUGCUACGGUGAUUCGACAGCAUGUUCAUCAAUACCAAACGAUUUAAUGUCUAUGAAUAAAUCGUGCCCAUCAACGAUCCAAUCAUUUACAUAUGUCAAUUCAUCCGUCUCUUUUACGCAUACGUUCAAUCGUACAAAUUCAUGGUUAUACGCUUAUGCAUGGAAUCAAGUGACAUCAGUCACUGCGCGAGCAUAUCUUGCAUUUCCAAUAACAUCAGCGGUCGGCUGCAGUGUACCACAAAUUCAGUUUGUUCUUUAUAAUCCAACUCUACGUUGGUCACGAAUCAUACAGCGUAGUAAUGCAUUCUCAGUGGCAACUGUCUCAACUCUCAAUUGUUCAAAGUCAUUAAAUAACACAAAGCAGUGGGGCAUAUAUCUAUGUAAUGUCACUACGGAAAUAUGCAUUCAAACGUCGGUGACGAAACAAUUGCUCUCACAAUUAACUUCGGCGAAAACAUCUGAAAUAUACAUUCCAGCCAGAUCUUUACCAAUCGGCACAUACUUAUUCAAUCAUACAGUUUCGAUGGCCGCAGCGCCUGAUUUUCAAGCAUCAGCUUACACAUACGUCUCCAUCGUUGCAUCAGAUAUUCAAGUCAAUUUACUUGCAAACGGUACUUCAACGAUAACUAAUGGCGUUACCCAAAGUAUUCUGUUUCAACCUGGUGCAUAUUCUGUUGAUCCUGAUUCGUAUUAUUUUGAUCCAACAAACUGGACAUUCAAUUAUUAUUGUCGAGUGUAUGGAGUUGGUUCAUAUCCGACCAUAAAUGGAGUCCAGUUAACAAUUGAAUCUACUACCGUCGAUCCAUUGAAUCCGUCGUGUUUUAAUACACCAGGUAACACGAGUUUCUUCAAGUACGGACCCAAUAACAAUCGAUCAAUUCUCUAUAUUCAACCAAAUUCUUUACCAAGUCUCCAGACGUAUGAAUUCAAAGCUGUGCUAACCAAUAUCUAUGACUCAUCACGCGUAUAUACCGGCUAUACUAUAGUACAGGUUCAAGCAACGGAAUCUGUUUUAGUGUCUGCCGCAUGUGUGAUUAAAAUGUGCGUACCAGAUGCUACAUACCAACGUAUCAAUCCCACGUCACAAGCUUUGAUGACAUCGCAGUGUUUAACAUGUGACAAUGCUACUAAUGUCGUCAUACAAUGGAAUGUCUUUAUUGGCUUCCAAACCAGUUAUCCAAAUUCUGAUAUCAAAUGGGCCACUUAUCCAGACAUGAGUUCCUAUGACAACAUAUACUUUUACGGUCGAACAACACAAAAUCUAACAGUGCUUAGUGCACUAUUUAUAAAUAAUCCAUCGGUUCUAUAUUGGAAAUUUCAAUCGAUUUAUACCGUUACUAAAACUAGUGGUAUCGCGAGUGGCACAGGUGCUGUUCGUUUCUUUAUAAAUACACCGCCACAAAAUGGUACCUGCACAGUUGACCGAACUAAUGGCACAACGCUGACGCGUUUUCGAAUUACAUGUUCCAAUUGGGCGGAUUCUGAUGGCAUCGAAGGCUAUACAUUGUAUGUCUAUCCGCCGACGAAUGGUACUCGAACUACAAUUGCUAUCUCUACAUUGAAUACGAUGAGUGUUUAUUUGCCACCUGGUGAUGAAAGUUCAAACUAUGCCGUUCGAUUAGUAGCUGAAAUUCGGGAUACCUACGGCGCUGUUUCCUCCUGCAAUAUUUCAACUGUGAUGGUCAUGGUUGAUCAGACAGCUCUCACCAGUUUCAUGACACUAUCUCAACAAGCGUCAACACAAGGUGGUUCGAACGAUCCGAUUCAACAAGCUCUCUAUGCAGGUGAUCAGAACUCAGCCAGUCAACUGAUUCAAUCUAUAUCAACAACCUUGAAUGCAGCUAGUGCAUCAUUACAACAGAAUGCGACAUCAGGAACUAUACCAAUAGCAACUCUUACCGUUUCCGGAUUAUAUUCUACAUCAGUGACUUCAACAGCGAGCACAGCUAAUUCAUCUGCCAAUAAUACAGAAGCUUUAGCAGCAUAUACAGCAGCCGCUAAUUCUCAGUCGAUUAUUCGAGAAUAUGCAAUGCAAUUCAUCAGCAAUCUAUCAGUAACCAAUAUAGAUAGUAUUAAAUUGCAAGCGUCGACACUGAGCGUCUUGGCAGACGGAACAUCGGAGUUAACACGUCAAACAAGUAGCUUAGCUGCCACAAAAUGCACCAAUUUACUUAGCGCAUUGAGCGGUAUGGCGGAUAGUGUUUCAUACGAAGAUGUACAAAUGGCAGUGUCUGGAAUUGCUGACACUCUAAGUAAGAUAGGUGUUGCUGCGAACACAGCUACGUUAGAUCGUGGAGCUGUCCUUAAUUUGGAUUAUGAGCGCGCCAACACAUUACCAGCUGACUAUGAAACGGAUCUUGACUCAGUUUGGUCCAAUCCCAAUCUAUUCGCUGACGGAGAUGAUUUUUCAGCUGAAACGAUACAAAAGAAUCGAAAUCUUUACUAUCAACAACAAAAUGCCAAUCAAAUUCUUACAAUGGUCGACAAUAGUAUUACAUCAAUGGUUCAAGUUCUCAAUUACCAUAUGAACGUUGGGCAAACAAACGUAAUCAAUACAGACGCUAUGUCAAUGACUACUUCGAAACAAACAAUUAGCAAUUUAAGCGCCAGUAUAAUAUCACAAGCUGGUGGAGCUCAAAUGACUUUGCCAUCAAUAUCGUUCUGCGCUUUAUUAUACGCCAAUCAGACUUGCUCUGACUCGGAUCCGAUCGUAGUGAAUUCUGUCAUCACACCUUUAGCUGCUGCAGGAAACAAUGGACGUACACAAGCAAGCGUCAGUGCAUCUCGAAGUGUUACACUAAGUCUGUUCGACAGUCAAGGAACGAGUAAAUCAGUCCAAGGACUUUCUGCACCGAUUGAACUGCUUAUUCCACGCGAUACCAGUAUCGUCAUACCGCAAAUGACUUUCCAAAAUGCUACUGGACAAACAUCGUCAUCGACUGCAAACAAUAACCGACAGUUUUCCUUGUUCUAUGUGAAUGUCACCGGUCCAUCAGCAACCAUCACAUUAUCAGCAACAUUCGAAUUCAAAUCAAUCGAUCCAACAGUCGGUUAUGUCGUUAUAUAUCGUUUCGAUGAUAUUCCAUUACUAAACACCUCAAUCAACAAAACAAAUGGACACCGAGUAUUUUGUCCUGCAGACAAAAUCUAUACAGAUAGCGAUGACUAUAUAUAUCAAUAUCUACUUGACAAUAGUCAAACGGCUAAUCAUACGUCGGCCAUGUUUGGCAUUCGUGAAUUGAAUCAAACAGAAUUCGUCCGGUAUUGUCCGAACAAUGCAAGUUUUGAUAAUUCAACCGUUCCAGUCACCGAUAGUCCAGCAAAUUUUUCAGCCAAUUAUUACAUCCGAGUUUAUACUUCAGGCUGUUAUUACCUUGACAAUAGUUACAACUGGAGAACAGAUGGUCUGCUGGUUGGUAGCAAGACUUCGCAUACACAAACGCAAUGCUUUUCAGACCAUUUAACAACGUUUGCCGGUGGUUGGGUAGUUUUACCUGCACCUAUCAACUGGAAUUAUGUAUUUGCCAACGCCGAUUUUUCGAAAAAUAUUACUAUCUAUUUAACACUAAUACUUCUAGCUGUUCUCUAUACGACAUUUAUGAUCUAUGCUCGACACAAAGAUAAGAAAGAUGUGGAAAAACUCGGUGUUACCCCUCUACCAGAUAAUAUUCUCAACGAUAAAUAUUAUUAUCAAAUCAUCGUUUUUACUGGUCUACGGAAAGAUUCAGGAACAGACUCGAAAGUUCAUUUUAUCAUAUCCGGCGAUAAUGAAGAAACAGGCGUACGAACAUUCGAAGAUCCACAACGUAAAAUUCUACAACGCGGUGGUAUUGAUUCAUUUAUCAUGGCAGUGCCAAAAUCACUUGGUCGACUCAAUUACAUGCGUGUUUGGCAUGAUAAUUCCGGUGCGGGAAAUAGAGCAUCGUGGUUCUUGAAAUACAUCGUCGUCAGAAAUUUACAAACAAUGGAAAAAAAUCAUUUUAUCUGCCAACAAUGGUUUGCUGUUGAAAGAGACGAUGGAUUGGUUGAUCGACUCGUGCCUGUUGCUGGUGAAGAACAAAAGACUGAAUUUGCCUAUUUGUUAUCGAAAAAGACAUAUCAUUCGAUGUCUGAUGGUCAUCUUUGGUUUUCCGUCUUUUCACGACCGCCAGCGAUUCGCUUUACUCGUACUCAACGUUGCACAUGCUGCUUUGUACUACUUCUCAUGUCUAUGUUGAUGAAUAUUAUGUACUAUGACCAAAAGGCCAGUGCAGAUGUGAAAACAACUGGCGGAAUUGCUAUGGGACCGUUUUACAUCACACCCGAACAAAUUGCCAUUGGUAUUAUUGUCGAAUUGAUCUGCUUCUUACCAAGUACUAUCUUGGUGGAAAUGUUCCGUCGUUUACGGCCUCGUCGUCGUCCUGUGCCACCAGUACGUGAAGCACUUCGUCAAAUGCAAGAACAGCAACAACAGAAAAAGGAACAAGCUGCAGUCAAUGACAUUCAUCCUCAAUUGACUAACUUUGUUGUCAAUUCGGAUCCAGUUCUUUCGAGAAACGAACUUGACAACAUGCGGAAAACAUUAGUAACACCGCUGACGAAUAGACAAACUGUCGGCCGAGUGUAUCCAGAUGAACAUAUAUCAAAGAAGAAGAAACCAUUCACUUUACCAUGGUGGUUCAUUUUCGUCGCCUACGGCCUUUCAGCUCUUGUCGUUUGCAUUUCGGGAUUUUUCAUCUGGGCACGAGGAGUCGAAUUCGGCGAUGUAAAAACACGUAAAUGGUUAACAUCAUCCAUAACUGGAUUCUUCUCAUCUAUUCUUGUCACUCAGCCAGUUAAAGUUGUCUUUACGGCAAUAUUUUUUGCAUUGAUUAUUCGACGCGACGAAGAUAUCAACAUUGACACUGAUGAUGAUGAUCUAUUUCUCGAUGGUGAUGAAGAAUAUUUGCAUGCGUUCGACGAUGGAUCCCUAUUGACAUUCCGUUCGAAAUCUGGACACAUACCAUUGACCGAAGGUGAAUUAGCGUAUGCACGCGAUAAACGAAUGAAAGAAAUUCGCAUGUGGGAAAUUGUUCGAGAAUUAAUUGCCUACGCAUCAUUCUUAUGGAUACUCUAUCUGGUCAGUUACUCAAAUCGAGACCCAAAUGCAUUCUUUCUUAUGCAACAUUUACGCGAGGAUCUACUUGAUUUGAACAGUCAAACUACCAGUUUCACUCAAAUUUAUCGUUUGGACCAAUAUUGGACCUGGGUCAACACUGCCUUCUUACCGCGACUUCGAGCAUCGAACUGGUACAAUGGUGAUCGACCUACGAAUUUAUCUGGCUUCAUCGGAGAUAAAACGAAUCGUAUGUUAGGCUGGACGACAAUGCGGCAACUACGCGUUAAACCUGAUUCGUGCAAUAUCUUAACAGCGUUCAGAAAUAUUAUUCCAUACUGUGAAGCGGGCUACAGUAUGCUCAACGAAGACAAACAAUCCUAUUAUCCAAGCUGGUCAACAGUCUACAAUCAAACCGCUGGUCCAUGGAGCAACUACUCAACUUCGAUUAACGAUGCAUUUAUGUACAAUGAUAGCGACGCUUUGGAUACAUAUACUUAUAUUGGUGAACAGGCAACGUAUGCAUCUGGUGGUUAUGUCUAUACUUUGCGUGGAAAGAUGAGUGAUAUUCAAUCGAAUAUAUCAUUAUUACAAGAUCUAUCAUGGAUCGACAUGCACACACGCGCAGUGAUGAUCCAAAUGAGCUUGUACAAUCCGAAUGUGAAUCUAUUUAUACUUGUUACUAUCCUGGCUGAAUUUUUGCCAACCGGCGGCAUUUAUCCAACAGCACGUGUUGAACCAUUCACACUCUCAAACGACUAUCAAGGUUUUGGUUUAUUCAAAUUGAUCUGUUCGAUCGUCUAUAUGCUCUUCAUUGUCUAUUACAUGCAACGUGAGAUUCGUUCGUUAUUCACCCGUCGUAUGGCGUACUUCCGUGAUUUCUGGUCAUACAUGGAAAUCGGUAUCAUUGCAUGUUCCUGGGCCGGCUUAGGCGUCUAUAUAUGGCGUGCUCGUGAAGCUAAUCGGGUCGGUGAACUAUUUCAGCAGACGAAUGGUUAUGCGUACGUUAAUCUACAAUUGGCCGUUUAUGCAAACGAUACUUUAACCUUCUUGUUGGGUUUCUGUUGUUUCUUCGGUACAAUCAAAUUCCUUCGUUUACUCCGAUUUAAUCAACGUAUGUCAAUGUUAUCAUCAACGUUAGCGUAUGCUUUCAAAGAUCUACUCUCAUUCUCGGCUAUGUUCUCCAUUCUUUAUCUGAGUUACUUGGCAUUGUUCUAUCUGCUAUUCAGUUCGAAGAUUUGGGCUUGUUCAGAUCCACUUAAAACAGCACAGAUGUUAUUUGAAAUGAUGUUAUUAAAAUUCGAUGUAUCAGAUCUUUAUGCAGCAGAUAUCUUUCUCGGGCCAUUCUGCUUUACCCUAUUCGUCUUCUUUGUCGUUUUCAUCUGUAUGAGUAUGUUUAUUUCAAUCAUCGCAGACGCAUUUCGGGUUGUCCGGAACAACUUUGCGUUACAAAGUAAUGAACAUGAAAUCGUGGGCUUUAUUGUUAAUCAAAUGAAGAAAUGGACAGGUUUGGGUCGAACGCAAGAAAUGGAUCGUUUACAUUUGAAUCCAUAUGAUGGUAGUCGCGUUCAAUAUCAUGAUCCAGUCACAUUGUUUCCGAAUAAAAUGGAUGAAUUACUGGUUGCUUUGAAUAAGAUCUAUAUGGACACGAAACGUAAUGAUACAUUUAUGCUUCGUCCAGGCGGUUACAAUCCAUUAGAAGAAGAUGGCAAAGGUGGGCUUAUCGAUACAAAGAAGCGCAAACCCUAG